AUGGUAGAGAGGUUCCGAACAAAUAAUGGAGACGGACAUCACAAUGAAACUAUAUCAGAGGAGAGAACAGAAGUAGCAGCUGCUGCCAGCAGAAGCCAUAAUUUGGAAUCGAAAAAUCCUACUGAGGAGGAACAACAACAAAAUGAACAGCAAUUGGAAGAAGCCGGCAUUGAUCCAAAUUAUCCUUUAGUGGUGGCCAGUCGUGUAUCUAUUCCCUCGAAUAAUGACGCCAAUCAAGAUGAAUCUUCCGCUAUGGAACAAGACAAUGUUCCCGUGGGCGAUAAUGAGACAUCUUCAAAUGUAAAUGUUUCGUCGGAUUUUGCAAAUAUCCCAGAACGUGCCGUAGAUGACGAUUCUAAUUUGGAUUCCUGGCCGGAGAAUAAUGAAAAUGAAGCUGUAAAUCAAAAUGUACACCAAAAUGAAACUGAGAGUAUGUUGUCGGAAGAGAGAACAUCAGAAGCAGCUGCUCCGGUUGUUGUUCCCAGCAGAAGCCAUAGUUCGGAAUCGAAUAGUAUAACUGGUGACGCUGCACAGCCAGCAGAGGAACAACAACAAAAUGAACAGCAAAUUGAAGAAGCCGGUAUCGAUCCGAAUUAUCCCCUAGUGUUAGUCCGACGUGUUUCGUUACCAUCCAACAAUGACGGCAAUCAAGAUGAACCCUCCGCUAUGGAACAAGAUAAUGCUGCCAGUGGCGAAAAUGAUGAACCUUCUAUGGUCGAAAUUCCACCAAAUGUAUUGGAUUUGUUUCACAUUGAUCAAGCCGAACGUAAUGAUGAUGCAAAUGCCCCAGAACGUGCCGAAGAUGAAGAUUCCGAUUUGGAUUCCUGGUCGGAGGACAAUGAAGAUGAAGCUGCAAUAAUUGAAAACCCCAAUUUACGAGAAUUCAGUAAUCAUUUUGUUGUUAUACGUAAUAUGAUUGCGCAGACAAGACGUAGCAUGGCGGAGGCUGAGGCCAAUAUGGGACCAUCUGAAAUAUUACCUCAGAUUAGGUUAAUGCAACGUUUUCGUCGCAUACUCUUCAUAUUGAACAAUCGCCGUCGACGACUUAUUCGUUUGGGUAUGAACACUCCCGACGAAGAGAACCCAGAAGCGGAAGCUAAUGCCGAAAUGGAAGCUGUCAAUGAUGAAAUAGCGGCACAACAAAACGCAGACGAUCAACAGCGCCUUGAAAAUAAUCAAAGUGAGGAAAACGAAGAGGGUAGUAUGUCGAUGGAGCAAGAAGAUGAAAUGGAAGAAUCCGCCGUACGUUUUGAUACAAAUCUGCCGGCAGAACAUUCCUAUUUGGGACCGAAUAUGAAUCGUGUGUCGGGGGUCAACUAUUUAGAUGCCGAUCAGUAUAUUAAAUUGCGUUUAUUUCUCCAUCAUAAUGUUUUAUUUCCUGGCGAAGUUCUACCCUUUAUGGUUGAUAGUUCGACCACAAUCACCGAUGGUGAUAUUGAUGCACAAAAUGGCAUUCUCUUUGGUGUUUGUUUUCCGACACUGACAAAUAACAAUAGUAGUAGUACCUCAAAUGCCGAUAGGAAAAAUGACCAUUUGUUGUAUGGUGUUACGUGUCAAAUUUACGAAUUGGGUACCGAUGAUCGUGGCAAUACAUUGAUCAAAUCAAGAGCAUUGCAGAGAUUUGUGACGAAAGUUAAUGAUUUGACAGUACCCAUGGAAUACAUUACCGCCCAUCCUCGCAUGAAAUGUCAUGGCUUUGUUAAAAUAUUACCCGACAUUUAUUUACCCGAGCCGUUUAAACAAAUGAAUAUGGGUUCGAUGAAUCGUUUUCGUGAUAAUGCCUCAAUGCAAAUAGCCUAUCGACGUUUUCAAGCGGCCUCAACCCCAUGGCCGGCACAUGUUUACGAGGCUCAUAAUAUGGACACAAUAAUUGAAAAGGCUCGUCAGCGUUUAGAACAACAUAAAAUCGAUACAAUGCCAUCAGAUCCAACACAACUGUCGUAUUGGUUGGUACGUAAUUUACAUUUACCCGAGAAAAUGUUAAAAUCCGUAUUCUUGGCCAAUACUGUGAAUACACGUCUAAAAUUAAUUGCCAGUACUUUUAAGGAGGAUGCCGUUUAUAUUUGCCGCACCUGUGGCGCACACAUAGCAAAUUGUCGUGAAUUAUUUGCCAUGUCCAAACAUGGUGUCCAAUCGCAGUAUUGUAAUUCUGCCGGUUAUAUCCAUGAAACAAAUACUGUCUAUCACGUAAAUCGUCAAAAUAUUUUAUAUAGUGGAUCACCGUCAACGGAGUUCAGUUGGUUUCCAGGUUACCAGUGGCACAUUAUCGUCUGCAAAAUCUGUGAACAUCAUCUUGGCUGGGAAUUUAAAGCUGUCGAGCCGAAUCUCAGACCCAAACUAUUUUUUGGCAUUUCAUCGAGCAGUGUUCGAAUACGUUCGGCCAGCGAACAUGCCAACGAUAAUGAUCGGGGACAGAAUACAUUUUAUCAUUUCAUACGUCUCAUGAAUGCUGGUGUAAAUAUCGAAUGAAUUCGGUGGGGCACAGUGAAACGAUUUUUCGGUAAAUGUUGGACGCGAUGCUGCUGUAGUUGUU